GCCCUGGGGCCCGGCGGGCUCAGUGACAGACAUGUGCAGCGCUUUAACAUCCCCUCCACCCUGCAGGACACUGAGAGAUAUAUUGUUCCCGUGAAUGUUGGUUCCCAUGAAUCUGAGCUGGAAGGAGAGGAGCUUCUUACCACAUGGAUUCAUCGACACCAGACCGAUCUUUCACAUGUGGU